UUUGCCAAUACGAUGAAUUAAACAGCGGGGAGUUUGGUUUUUCAAUUUCUUCUCUUUUCCGACACGUACGUGACAGUGAAGUAAGGCAGCUUGAGCUAUCAUCUCAUCGUCACGCCUAGAUGCCUCGCUUAAACAUAUUGAAAUCUUAUUGCGGGAAGAGAAAUGAAAAAUGUGUGUUUAUUUUUGGUGUAAGUAGUCUUCUUUUGUUAUCAUCUGUAAAAUGGACUCGUUUCUAGUUUAGUAAGUUAGUUGGACACUGAGUAGCUUUUGUUACGAGUGCCUUUUCAAACUGGUAAAGGAUAGCAAAGACCUAGUAUGUUUCGUUUAUGAGAACAGCUUUAGAAGUGCAUGCUAAAUAUCAAAGCAUUGUUCACUGUAAAUUAACAUCAAGUCCAAUUAUGUCGUCAUCUCUUCUGAUCCAGAGCCACCGUUCUUACGCAGUCUCCCAGCCUUGUGGUAACAUGCAUCUGAGGGUCCAUCUGCCCACUUUGGCUUUCUUGGCUGCAGUAUGCAGAAGGAACGAAGCUCUCUUAUUUCCUCUUUUAUUCCCACUCUCCAUCAAGAUAACCAUUCAUUCAAAUCACAAACCUACUCCUCCUCCAGUACACGACUAUCACUUUGAAAGUGUGCCACUCUAUAAGGAAGUCGUGGUGAAGGGCAAUGCUCACAUCUCAGACAACAGUGAGGGCUACAAGCACAGUUACGGAGAUGGCCACAAGUACGGAACCAGCUAUGGAGACGGUCAUAUAAAGGUCUACACCAACGAACCCCAUGUUAAAGGACACUCGUAUUCUAAAGGAUACGGAACAGGUGGUGGCGACUUCAGUGGAAGUGUUUACGCUAAAUUUCCUUCAUCUUCCAUGCAUUACAAGGGCAGCGGCUUCAUUGGGAACGGACAUCUUCAUUACAAAGGCAGCCUAUACAGUGAACCUGAGAAGACACACUAUAAAGGAACAGAUUAUAAAAGUGCGCCGCCUUUUGAAACACAUUACAAAGGAACAGAUUAUAAUAUCCCUCCGAAUCCCGGAACACACUUCAAAGGAAAAGACUACAAUAGCCCUCCUAAUCCUGGAACACACUUCAAAGGAACAAAUUACAAUAGGCCUCCUAAUCCUGGAACACACUUCAAAGGAACAGAUUAUAGCGGUGCUCCUAAUCCCGAAACACACUAUAAAGGAACAGAUUACAACAGCGCUCCAGAUUCUGGGACGCAUUACAAGGGAAGCGAUUACUCGGCAAACCCAGAAACACAUUAUAAAGACAGCAGUUAUCACUCUGGAGCAGACAGUGCGUACGACUCAAAUGAUUAUCAAGCACCUCCUUCACAUUACAAAGGUGGUAACUACAAUGGCAAAAAAACAUACCAAAAAGAACAUGGUUACAUUAAAUCUGUAGGUGGUUACAAAAUGUCAGAUUUCAUCCGGGAUUAUGGGUCUAAAAGUGCAAGCUCUGAGGAUGACGAUGAUCGAUAUCCAGUUGCAAUACCGGCGAAGGUGGCACCAGGCAACACGUAUGCUGAGAUAGCAGCCGCUCAUCAAGCAUCGCUUCGUGGUGGUGGCCCCAAAGCUUAUGCGGCUGAAGAGUAUAGUGAUCUUGGAGCCAAACAGCAGUACAAGAAGGAUAAAGAUUACGAGCAUGAACCAGAAUACUUGGAUGAUACACCUCCAGGAUACAAAUCUAGCGCUAAGAGGCCAGUGUACAAACGACCAGUGUAUGAUACCAAAAGAACCGGACCUCUAAACGAAGAGGUACAUUCAACGGAACCCACAUCAUAUGCCGGUUAUGGUACACGAAUAUAUGGUGAUAGUUAUGCUAAAGUCAUUUAUCAGCCAAAAACUUUAAAAAUAUCUAUUAGUGCCACGUCUCAUUAAACAAAUAUAAGUGUUAUUUAUAAUUUGGAAGAUUUCUCAGAAAUAUAUCUAGCAUAUGCUGAUGCUUACUGAAAAACUGUAAAUCUUCCAACAAAAGUUUAUAACGGAAAACGAAGAGAAUUUUUGUAAUGUUUGCGGAUGUUAUCAACAAUUGUCUCAUUACAUUUUAGCGACGAAUUCCAAAAAAACAUGCGGAAUAUUACAGAUAACUUUGUUCUUUCUGACAUUUUACUAUUACAAAGGGUGACUAACAGCAGGCAGUACUUUGGCAGCAAUAAGUGAAGACGGAAACACUUGGAAAGAAUGUUAAUAAAUGUUUUAUAUCCAAA